CAAGAAUCCCUCACGGAGAGAACUCUAGCGCACGGCAGCUUUUGUUACAGUAUAUACGGUAGUCGUCUUUCCAGCGGAGUUCCUUAGGCACGAAAGAGGCGGCUGUUCGCUGCCGUCAGCGGGCGCGGAAGCAUCACGCAGGCCGGGAGCUCCGCCCUCGGCCAGCUGCCUUUCUCCGGGCUCCGAGCAUGGCGGCGGCAGGGCAAGCGGAGCUCCGGCUUCAAGCCGAGGCAGCUGCUCCCGCGCAGCUGUUCAGCCGAGCGUCGGCAGCGUCGUUAGCCGCGUGCGCGGCCCUGCUGGGCCUGGCGUGGCUCUCGGGCUCGCGGCUGGGCCGGCGCGAGGGAGCCUCCCCGCUGGACCGCUGGGUGUUGAGCUGGCUCUGCUACGACGCGCUGGUCCAUGGCGUCCUGGAGGGCCUAUUUGUUUACCUGUCACUAGCGAGCAGUGUUUCAAGAUCAGACAACAUAAUUGCUUCACUGUGGAAAGAAUAUGGCAGAGCAGAUGCAAGGUGGCUGCACUCUGAUCCCACUAUUGUCUCACUGGAGAUACUAACGGUUUUUCUGGAUGGCCUUUUGGCAUUGAUCCUCAUUUACGCUAUUGUCAAACGGAAGCAUUACAGACACUUCAUACAGAUUACAUUAUGUAUUUGUGAAUUAUAUGGUGGAUGGAUGACUUUUUGUCCAGAGUGGCUCAUUGGAAGUCCCAACCUAAACACCAGUAACUGGCUUUAUCUGUGGGUCUAUUUGGUAUUUUUCAAUGGUAUAUGGGUAGUUAUCCCUGGAUUUCUACUAGUGCAGUCUUGGUUAGCACUGAAAAAAAUGCAUCAUGACUGUUCAGAUAGCAAAAAAUGCCGAUGAUCAGGGCAAGAUAGUUGUAGGUACUUGAACUGUAACUGUAAUCUGCUCCUGACAGUGGUGGGGAGCAGAAUGCAGAAUGUCCUAAAACUCCUCUUCCUUGCUGUGCUGUCCCCCUUCCCUAUUUCUGGUAUGCUAGGAUAGAACCAGGCCAAUUCCUUCCAACAACUAAGGCCCUCCUAGAGCCCCAUGCCUCACUUCUACUGUUUACUCUUUCCUCGCAUUCCUGUCACACAGGCUCCUCGCAACAGAAGCAGUAGUAGAACUGUACAUAGGGAUGUGGGGAAAAUGCAGACUGCUGGAAAGUGAGAUGGUCAAUUUUACCAAAUUGUGGGGGGGGGGACA